ACAUGGCCGACCUCAGCGGCCGUCGCCUGGUGAUUACGUCACGACGGCGGCAGCACGCGGUGGGACAACCGAAAGGGGGUCUGCAGUGGCGGGAGCUGCCGGAGGGUUGCCAUCAUGUUCACAGAUCUAGCGGUCGGACAGGGGCCUGGACUCCUGUCGCCUCCAUCUGAAGCCCCUGCCACUUGUACCAGAGUGUCCAGUGCCCAGUACACAAAUCGCUCAGAGAGCUUUCGACUGGGAGAACGCACCUUCACCCGCCAGUAUGCCCACAUCUAUGCCACCCGACUUCUGCAGAUGAGGCCAAUCCUUGUAGAGCGUGCAAAGAAGAAAUGGGGUGAUGAUAUAGCCGUGCGGAAAUUGUGUGAACUCCAGGCGGCGGAGAGGUGCUGUGUGGUAGGAACCUUGUUCAAGUCCAUGGAGCUGCAGCCGUCCAUCUUGCGGGAGAUCAGUGAGGAGCACAAUCUCCUGCCUCAGCCUGCAAGGCAGAAAUAUAUCAGUGAUUCGGAUAUCCUGAUACUGGAAGACGAGCUACAGAGGAUCAGGUUGGAGGGCGCCGUUGAUGUGCGGAUGUUUGUGACUGGUGCUGUGAUAGCAGUCCUUGGCGAAGAAGGCGAUGCAGGAAAGUUCAUGGUAGAAGAUUUCUGCUUGGCUUCCCUUCCCUCACAAAGUCCUCCUCCAGAUUUGGAGGAAGAUAGGUAUGUGCUGCUGACAUCAGGUUUGGGCCUCGGAGGCGGCAGCGGGGACAGCCUGCUGGGGUUACAGCUGCUCCUGGACUUGGUGACUGGACAGGCAGGAGCAGAAGAGGAGCAGGGCUGUGCGGCUCGGAUAUCGCGUGUUAUUCUGGCCGGAAACCUGCUCAGUGCGAACACUCAGGGCAAGGACUCUCUCAAUAAGGCAAAAUAUCUGAGUAAGAAGACUCAGGCAGCGAGUGUAGAGGCUGUGAAGAUGCUUGACGAAAUCCUUCUCCAGCUCAGUACCUCUGUCUUUGUGGAUGUCAUGCCCGGCGCCUUUGAUCCUACAAACUACAUCCUUCCUCAGCAGCCCCUGCACCGCUGCAUGUUCCCUCAGUCCGCGCCAUUCUCCACCCUUCAGCUGGUAACAAACCCCUAUGAAGCAGAUAUCGAUGGCGUCAGGUUUCUGGGCUCAGCUGGUCAAAACGUCACUGAUAUAUACAAGUACUCCAGCAUGCAGGACUAUCUGGAGAUCCUAGAAUGGACCCUGCAGGUUGGACACAUGUGUCCUACUGCUCCGGAUACGCUCGGAUGCUAUCCGUUCUCCAAGUUAGACCCAUUCAUUCUGAACACCUGCCCCCAUGUGUAUUUUUGUGGAAGUGCCCCCAAGUAUAGCUGCAAAGAGGUCACAGGAGCUGAGGGUCAAAGGGUUCUUGUUGUCACCGUGCCAGACUUCAGCAGCACACAAACAGCCUGCCUGGUAAACCUCCGUACCCUGCAGUGCCAACCCAUAUGCUUCUCCGGAUUCAGCGCAGAUGAGGAGUCCUGUGACUGACUUCAUUUGAGUUUACCAAAUCUUCUCUGGGUCUUAGAAUAUGAUUUGAUGGAUUAGAAAGGAAAACGACAAUCUUUGUAUUCUCAGGGCACAUGCACCUGAUCGUAACUGGCCAGGGAAACGCAGUCCAUGUGCUCGCCGGAUCUCUCAGGCCGACCGCGGCUACUCUGAACUGACUGUAUCAUAGUGUUUUUUUGUUUUUUUUUGAUGCUGUGAGUUCAGUAUAAGGGAUCCGCAAUCAUAUGUGAACUGACUGCAUCAUAAAACACUAAUAUAGUCACUUCAGGGGAGCUGGCAGACACGCGGACUGUGUUUCCCUGGCCAGUCAUGUGGAUGAGCCCUUACUGGUACACUGGUAUUUCAAGCCAAACACUUCAUUUUUGAGUACCUUUACAUUAGGUUCCAUUCAGACUUUCGUAAAUAUUUUGCGGUCCGCACAUGGCCGGCCCUAUGAUCAGAAAUGCCUAUUCUUGUCCAUGGGCAAGAAUAGGAUUUGCUGUGUCUCGUCUCCCCCCCCCCAUUUCCACAAAAUUGCAGAACGGAUGCGGACCCAGAACUAUGGACAUGUGAAUGGACCCUUAGGCUCUGCAGCUCUGAACAGGCUGCCGCUGACACUGUUACCAUAACUAAUGAGCACGUAAAUCGGAUGUGAUGUUCUAUAUGGUAAGAAAACUUUCCUAUGACAUGCCUAGCCAUGUAGAAUUUAGGCUGGCCAUCUGAUCUCUCACAUACAUAUGCUAGUUUGACCGAGCAUGCAUGUGUUGUGAAGGGGAGCUCAUCUCAAGAACAAACCCUUCUCUCCUCAG